UUGUGGGUACAUCAUUAAUGUAUGACAUUUGUAAAUGUGUACCUACCUCUCAAUCGGGAUUUGCCAGUCUGUUGCCGGCAUUAAAACGUAUAGCUGAUUAACUGUGUAUAUAUUUAAAACUAUAUCCCAAAACAGUAUAUUUUGGCGACGAGGUAUCAAACUCAAGCGUGCAUUUAGUCAUUUAGUGUAGUGGAAGUAAAAUGGCUAGUAGUGGAAGCAUGUUCGGUGGCAGUCUCAGCUUCGAUCAUAGAACGCAAGAAUGGAGCAUUUUUCAAAGCCGUUUUGUACAAUAUUGUGCAGCGAAUGAUAUCGACGAUAACACAGACAAGGCAGGGAUAAAACGCCGUGCGUUGUUACUCACGGCGCUGGCUGAAGAUACCUACCGAAUAGCGAUCGAUUUGACCUUCCCGACCUCUGUGGAGGUUAUCGACUACAAAGCGUUGAUUAAAAUUUUAAAUAAUCAUUUCAAAAGUAAAAAAAGUUCCUUUGGCGAGCGACUCAAAUUCAACUCGGCACAACAACGACCGGGUGAGGAGUUAGCGGAAUGGGCAGCUCGAGUGCGGAAUUUGGCUAAACAUUGUGGAUACAAAACUGAACUGGAAACAAUGCUUCGAGAUCGUUUUGUUCUCGGUAUGGUGCCUUCGAAGGAGAAAGAAAAGUUAUUUGCUGAAAGUGUCGAAACUUUGACCUUUAACCAAGCUUUGGAGAUCGCUCAAGGUGUGCAGUGUGCGCGGCAAGCAUUGCAAGGGGUGGACAUGGAUGCAAGUGGAGGAGUGCUGGCGCAGCCGGUGUUCGCGUUGCGUACAGAGCGCAGUGAGCGCGGCGGCCGCAGUGGCGACGGUGGCGGCGGCGGCGGCGGGACCGGCGGCGGCGGCGCGCCGCGGUCUGGCUCGGCGCCUGCAGCAACGGCGCGAUUUUCGUCGCGAAAUGGUGCAAAUCGGUGUGAUGUGUGUGGUUAUAAAAAUCAUUCAAAAGAUAAGUGUCGAUAUGCCGAGUUCACAUGUAGGAAGUGCAAUCAAAAGGGACAUUUGUUACGGAUGUGUAAAUUGAACGUAAAAACUUAUAGAGGCUCGGAUAAAACUUAUGAGGUUGAUGAUGUAAGCAUUAUUGGAAGCUUUGAACAAGAAUAUGAGAAGAGCACAGAGGGCCAAGAAGAUUGCAUAUACGAGCAACAAGAUCAAAACAGCGAUUCUUCAUUUCAAUCAUUACCGGAGAACAUCCAUAAUAGUAUGAUGUCCAAAUUGGGAGAGGAGCGAGCUGGUGGGGAGGAGAGAAUAUUAAGUGAUAACAACGCGUCGAGUCCGAUACCUCUAGGUUCGGAUCCAGUGCAGCCUCUCAAUGUGCCAUCAACUGAUAAUAAUGAACACACCUUGCGUCAAAGACCCCUUAGAGCGACUCGGAAAAAAAUAAAUUAUAAAUUGUAAUUGAGAUAUUUUAGGCUGUUCAUUGUUUUAGAUAAUUUUAUACUACUGGUGGAGGGAUGUGAUGUUUGUGGGUACAUCAUUAAUGUAUGACAUUUGUAAAUGUGUACCUACCUCUCAAUCGGGAUUUGCCAGUCUGUUGCCGGCAUUAAAACGUAUAGCUGAUUAACUGUGUAUAUAUUUAAAACUAUAUCCCAAAACAGUAUAAUAAUAUUCCUGCUCCCUCUAAUGGUUGUGCAUUAUCAUCAAAUAAUAUUGACAAUAAUCAAUCCAUCAUUGAUAUUAUUCUCAUGCUUAUUAAAGUGUUAUCGCAAUCAAAAAUGAUACAAACAACUUUACCACCGUCCAACGAUGCCAUGUACAAUGUAUUUUCUCAAUUAUUAACUUCUCACAAUGGAUUACAAAGUCCAAAUAAUUCAGUGGAACUGUCGUAGCAUAACAAAUAAGAAAUCAGACUUAUUUUAUUUGAUUAAUAAAUAUAAUCCUUUUAUAAUAGCUCUACAAGAGACUUGGUUAAAGCCAGGAUAUCCUUUUAGGAUUUCAGGCUUUACAAGUCUCCGUGAUGAUAGAGCUGACGGAUAUGGCGGUGUUGCCAUAUUGGUCAAAAACUCCCUUCUUUUUUCUUCUUUUUCGCUUCCUGUAUAUAGCGGCAUUAAUGCAGCUGCUAUAAUUAUAAAUGGUAUCUGUUUUGUUACUUUAUAUAUUCCUGAUCCUACAUGCCAAAUAUAUUCACAACUAGAACAAUUAUUUUCAAUUUUACCUAAACCUUUUCUCGUAAUGGGCGAUUUUAAUGCUCAGCACCAAUCGUGGGGCAGUUCUACUUCUAAUUUUUAUGGUGGAAAACUCCUGACGAUAAUUGACACUUACAAAUUAUGUAUUAUUAACUCAGAUGUACCGACACGUAGAACUGCACCGAAUGAAGGGUUUAGUGCUCCUGAUAUUUCAAUAUGUUCUUCUGAUUUAGCUUCUUCACUGUCGUGGUAUCCUCAUUCCUCUACCUUCGGAAGCGAUCACUUUCCCCUCAUUCUUUCUUUUCCAAUUUCCAUUCCCUCAAGUCGAAAGAGUGGUCCUCGACUUAAAUAUAAUUUAUCAAAUGUAGACUGGAAUAUUUACAAACAAUAUUUAGAUAAUAAAAUAUCGGAGUUACCUAUUGUUUAUCAUGGAAAUGAACAUCAAUGUUGUAAUGACUUGAUAAUUAAUA